AUGCGGCUAGCAUUCCACUCAAAAGUCGCACUCAGAGUGGCGCGGGCGCCAUUGGUGCGCAAUGGCAAUGGGAAUCGUUGCCUGCAUACCAAGCGGUAUAAUGCUGCCGUCAUUGGCGGUGGCAUCACCGGCCUUACAGCAGCCUACCGGCUGAUGCGAGAUCCAGCAUGCAAAAAGGUCACGCUCUACGAGUCACAGCCCCGUCUCGGCGGGUGGAUGCAAUCAGAUAAGGUGACGCUCGACUCCGCGGAUUCGGGGGUAGGGGACCUCAUUCUCGAACGCGGCCCGCGGACCUUACGAGCAGGAUUUCCGACAUGUCUUCCUCUCCUUGACAUGAUGUCUGAGCUAGACUUGCUUGAUGAUGUAGUCGUGACCGCGAAAUCCUCCCCGGCCGCCACCAACCGUUAUAUCUACUAUCCUGAUCAUUUGGUGCGCAUUCCACAACCGCGCCCCGACCAGAGCUUGUUCGAGAAUAUUUCGGAACUAUGGAACACGGUGACCAAGGAGCCCUUGUUCGAUGGUGUCGCCAAGGAUAUUUUUCAUGAGUACUGGGAUCCUGCACCCGGGUCCGAUCAACGUGACGAAUCGAUCGCGGACUUCAUCUCGCGUCGUUUCGGCGCGAAGGUGGCGGACAACUUGGUCUCUGCGGUCAUGGCUGGCAUCUUUGCAGGUGAUAUCGAUCGUCUCAGUGCGCGCACAUUGAUGGGCACACUCCGUAUGCGGGAAGGGCACGGAAGCAUCUUGAAAGAAAUGCUACUGGACCAGCUGGCUGGACGGAGUUACUGGAAGAUGGAUGAUCUUUUGGCCUUGCAGUCUGUGGGAGCCAAAGAAGACCUUGAGUACUGGAAAUCCCUCAAAUCGCUGCUCAGCGGUGCUAGUGUGUUCACCCUGAAGCAGGGCCUUGAACAACUUCCCCGCGCCAUCGCCAAACAGUUGGAGGAGUCCGAGAAGGCUGAGGUCAUUACUUCGGCUAACAUACGAUAUAUGAUGCACGAUUCUAGCACGGACAACAUCAUGAUCAAUCUUGGAACAGAGGGUCCUCAAUUAUACCACCGAGUGAUCUCUACCAUCAAACCGCUCCAGAUGGCAAAAAUGGCUCCUCAGUGGAUGGCGAAAAGCCGGUUCUACCCUACUGAAUCCGUCAAGCAUUUUCAGGCCGACGAAAACAACUAUGCCGUGACGGUCAUGGUGGUCAACUUAUAUUACAAGGCCGAAGACGACUUGGACAUACCUAGGGGGUUCGGGUACCUCAUCCCACGGAGUGUCGCCUAUGAACAGAACCCUGAGUUGGCCCUGGGGGUCAUCUUCGGAAACGAAACUUCCGUGGGCCAAGAUACUGCCGGUAAUACCAAAUUGACCGUAAUGCUCGGCGGCCACUGGUGGGACGGCCUGCCAAAGUCGAAUUUACCAAACCACGACCAGGCCUGCAGCCUUGCACGUGCUGUACUUCAGAGGCACCUCAAGAUCACCGCCGAGCCGCUCGAGGCGAAGAGCUACCUCCACGUCGAUGCCAUCCCGCAGUAUACUGUUGGCCAUCUUGAGCGCAUGCAUGCCCUCUCCGGAGCGGUCCGGAAGGAGUUCCACAACCGGCUGACGCUUGCUGGCUCGUGGUACGGGACUAGCGGGAAUGGUGUCCUGGACUGUGUGCGACAGGGCUAUCUGGCCGCUUCCUAUGGGGUGGGCCGGAAACUCACGGUCGGCCGGGGGUUGAGCCCCUGGCAAGGCUAUGACUACGAAAACUGGGAGCUAGAGGGCGGCAUCGUGACUUCACCCGUGCGAUUCGCCGACAUUGGGAAAUCGGAGCGC